CGGCGGCGGCGGCGCAGGAGGAUGUACUUGGUGGCGGGGGGCAGGGGGUUGGCCGGCUGCGGGCACCUCCUGGUCUCGCUGCUGGGGCUGCUGCUGCUGCUGGCGCGCUCCGGCACCCGGGCGCUGGUCUGCCUGCCCUGUGACGAGUCCAAGUGCGAGGAGCCCAGGAACUGCCCGGGGAGCAUCGUGCAGGGCGUCUGCGGCUGCUGCUACACGUGCGCCAGCCAGAGGAACGAGAGCUGCGGCGGCACCUUCGGGAUUUACGGAACCUGCGACAGGGGGCUGCGCUGUGUCAUCCGCCCCCCGCUCAAUGGCGACUCCCUUACCGAGUACGAAGCGGGCGUCUGCGAAGAUGAGAACUGGACUGAUGACCAACUGCUUGGUUUUAAACCAUGCAAUGAAAACCUUAUUGCUGGCUGCAAUAUAAUCAAUGGGAAAUGUGAAUGUGACACCAUUCGAACCUGCAGCAAUCCCUUUGAAUUUCCAAGUCAGGAUAUGUGCCUUUCAGCUUUAAAGAGAAUUGAAGGUAAGCAUUAAUUUUUGUUAACCAUCCAGUCGUAAGCCUUACCAUUCUGUAACUCUGAGUGGUAAUAGUAUUUGAGCUUGAAAAGGCAAAGAGAAGUUUACAGAGAGUGGUAGUUUGUAUAAUCCCAACUAAGAUACAUGAAGUUUACCAGGUGCUGAUGUCAUGUGUGUGUUUCCAAGACGCUAUGGAAUGGCGGUGCUGUAGUGGUGUGAGCGGGGCCCUCUGUGUCAGCCCUCCUAGGCCACCUGUGCAUAAUGGAUGAUUUCACAAGCGGUGUGCUUGAGAUCAGCAUCUGUUGUCUCCAGGUCCGUUCCGUUUGAUUUACCGUAGGAUGGUGCUCCAUGAGGAGAGUCUUCUAAUUAGAAAUGCGGCUCAUCUGGCAUGAAAGAGUUAUCUCUUUAGCAGAAAUGGGAGAGUUAUACAGUGAUGAUUGAAGGCUUAGGUUGGUUUUACUGGAGGGCAGGAAUCACAUAGGGCGUGGAGGGAUCAUUAGGCACUUCACCUCUGGAGAAAAGUCAGAAAUUGCAUUCAAGUAAUAAGAAAAUUAUACUGAUAUGGCCCAUAACUUUUGUAUAUUCAUACAUACAACUGAGAAAACACUUCAAGAAAUUGAAAAUAUGACUCAUCACCACAGUAAUCUCCUGUGGAGUACCCAGAGCUUGGUGUCAUGGCUCAUAGCCAGAAUUCAGAAGGAGUAAAGCCUGGGUUUGGGUCUCAGUUCUGCCGCUGAGCAGCAUUAAACUCUCGUAGCCCCUGGUUUCUUCUUGAGGGAAAAAGAUGCUGAAAGAGACAUUCUUAAAUAUACCUCUUAUCUCUAAAAUGAUGUCAUUGUAAGAUGGAAUGGUUGGUAAUCUAAUACCAAGGAUUCUUAAAGUCCAAAAAUCAAGCUUAUAAGGUCAGUAAAGCAGGACUGAAGUUUUGGAAAUGUACUUAGUUUCCAAGUUAUAUUAAAUGGUAAGGAAGAAGAAAUUUGCAGUAGCCUACAAAAUAACAUUUCUCUUUGUAUUUACCAGUGCUCCUGAGUCAUUAGAAAAGAAUAGAGUAGAAAACAAUAGAAAUAACAUUUGUGAAUUGCAGAGGAUCCUAGAGAACAUUUAGUCCAGUCCUUGAACUUGAACAUUGGGAAACUGAGCUUCCACGCAUUUGAUGAGUAUCAGUGCUAGUGCUAACCACACCAAGUAUUUUUCCUGUCACAUCAUGACUUAAACAAUACCAUUGGUUACCUAACUCAUUUCUGUUGUUCAGCUGCCCUUUGCUCCCCACACCCAUUGCCUGCCAUAAAAGAGUAUUUUGCCAACUUCAGUAUGUAAACAUUUAGGGAUAUAGAUGAUGUGAUCACAUGUCUGUUUAUAUAGUUAAUAAUUUAACUGUGCAUACACAUUUAAACUCAUGUAAAGUCAUACAGCAAUUUAGAAUUACUACUUUUUGCCAUUCUUACAUUUUUAGGAAACUGUCCUGAAUGGUGAAUGCCUCACCAUUGCUAUCAUUAUCUCUACUCAGGCCCCCUUCCAGGUCAUUUAAUGCCCUGCUCCUGAACAUGCCCUCUUCACUGCCACCUAAGUUGUUUGAGAUGCAGCAGAUUUUGAAUCUAAGGAUGAUGCUAUCACAGGAAGUUUUGUCCCAAAACCCGGUAUCUCUUCACAUAAAAUUAGGACAGUUGCAUUUGUAAUUAGUUAGGCGUGUAUUUAUGAUCUUUGCAAUGUGGAGAUUAACUUUAUUGAUUUUUAAAGUGAUUCUAAAAAGGGUGUUUGUGAGAUCCAGCAUUUCCCAUUUUGAGAUCAUUCCCACAGGAAUAAUUACUGUAUCUGAUUGAAUUUCUUUACCUGUUAUUUUCCAACUUAUUAUUUCAGAUGGCUUCUAUGUAAUCCAAAUGUGGAAUUAGUUGAGGUCAUUUAAGGUUAAUGUAUCUUCUACAAACAGUGCUUUGUUAUUCAAAAUAAAGCACCAGGCAGUAUGAGAGAUCUUGUGAGAAAUCAGCAUUAGGGGAUUUCCUUUUUCUGAGAAGGAAUUUUGAAGGAAAAAGUGUACUUAUAUUCAGGUAUAUAUUGUAUAUGAAAGAAUUAGUGAUAAAAUCAUACUUAAUAAAUAUCCACGUCAUUAAUAGUGACAGAGACUUGGAAUGCUAUAGGACCUCAGUGCCAAGAAAGUAUGAUUUUGAAUUGCGUGAUAAGGUAUCAUGGAGGAUACAGUCUAAACAAUUUAGAAUAGUGAUGAUAAUGGAUUUCAGGAGUGAGGUCAACAUGGACAAAAGAAGAAAAUGUGGAAGUGGGAAUCUGCAUGACUUACAUGGAACACACUAGGGAAACUGGUCUGAAAGAGCAGAGUUUUAUGUUGGUGGACAAUAGGAAAUAAAGGUUCGAGGCAGGAUAGGACCAGAUUAUGAAAUGUCUUAAACAUUGUGCAACAAGCUUAAGCCAGGUAAUAUGAGCAAUCAGAGAUCAUUGUGGGUUUAUGAACAGACAGAAUCAGAAAGAAGAUGAUGAAGUCAACAUCAGGCAGACUUUGGUUGUGGUAGAAUGCAAAAUGAAUUAGCAGAGGGAAAUAAUGGCAGUCAAGAGGCUCAUUGGAGAGCUUUUUAGCUGUUUAGAUGUGUUACCACAAGAAACUGGACUAGAGUGGCAGCAGGAAAACAGCAAAGAAGAGAUGGAUAUAUGCACCAUUUUGAUGGAAGAACCUACGGUGUCUGCUAGCAGGAAAGGGAAGGAUGAAAAUUACACAAAGAUGAUUCUAGGGUUUCUAACCUGAAAUAGUAGAAUGAUAGUGCAAGUUAUAGACGUAGGAAGACUUGAGGAGUCUCGUAAUAAAAUGGUAAUGAAAAUAGGGGUAAUUUUUUUAGGGGAAUGUAGGGUCAAGAAGAGCUUAAGAAAAUACAGGAGAUACUACAGCAUGUUUGGAUGAUGACCACAACGAUGUAGUAAGAAGGAAAAGCCAAUAAUGUAAGAAGGGCGAUUGCAGGAGCAAAGACUUUGUGGAAUAAGGAGAACAAAAUUGUUUCUGUUUCUCAGGAGAGUAUAAAACAAGGUCAUCAUCUGACAUUGAGAUGGAAGAAAGAGUGUGGAAAAUCAAAGAGAAAGAGGAAAAUGUAAACAUAUCUUUAAAGGAAAA